ACCACGUCAUUUCACCCUCUAUAACCAGUCUGCAGCGUCAAAGCCUCAUGCCCCAUUUAUGAAUCGGUCGACUCGCCUUUUAAGUCAAGUUUACUCGCCCGAUUCACACCGGUUCUUUACCUUUGGCGGCCAUAAAACCCUAGCCUUUACUCCCCGUGUCCAAAUCUCACCUCCGAAAUUCCGUAAAAUCAUCUCAUUUGCAACCAAAACCGGGAACCUGAACACUAACAUUCCGGCAAUGGACCCCAACCGGCCGGAAUCAUCGGAGCCUCAUGGUUCUGCUAAUGAGGAUUUUAUUCACGUCGAAAACCCUAAUUUAUAUGUGGAGGAGGCACUAAGCGAGAGCAUUGUUGAUGUUGAUAAUGAGCUUAGAGAGGAAAACGCAAACACAGGGAGUGAUAGCGAGCCGGAAAGGAAGGAGCUCCCAGAGGAGCUUUCCAGAAGCGUGGUUAAAUUGACGUGUGAAUCGGCGGCUGAGGGUGGUCUGUGCGAUGUGUAUUUGGUUGGCACCGCUCAUGUUUCUCAGGAAUCGUGUGAAGAAGUUCGAGCUAUAAUACGCUACUUGAAGCCAGAGGUUGUCUUUUUGGAGUUGUGUACUAGGCGACUGGCUGUGUUAACCCCUCAGAAUCUAAAGGUACCAACUAUGGGAGAAAUGAUAGAGAUGUGGAAGAAAAACCAGAACAUGUUUGGAAUACUUUACAGCUGGUUUCUUGCCAAGGUUGCUGAUAAGCUUGAGGUUUUUCCUGGUUCUGAGUUUCGUGUGGGUUUCGAAGAAGCAAGAGCAUAUGGUGGCAAGGUGAUACUAGGUGAUCGCCCUGUACAGAUUACAUUACGAAGGACAUGGGCGAAAAUGCCUCUUUGGCAUAAAACAAAGCUAUUAUACUCCUUAAUUUUUCAGGCUGUCUUUUUACCAGAUCCCGAGGACCUUAACAAAAUGCUGAAGGAAAUGGACAAUGUUGACAUGCUGACUCUUGUAAUUCAAGAGAUGAGUAAGGAGUUCCCCACUCUAAUGGAAACUCUUGUUCAUGAGCGAGACCAGUAUAUGUCUUCUACAUUACUAAAAGUUGCUAGUGAACAUACUUCAGUUGUUGCUGUUGUUGGGAAGGGUCAUUUGCAGGGAAUUAAGAGACACUGGAGGCAGCCUGUUCCGGUGAAGGAUCUUCUGGAUAUGCCUUCACAGAAACCAGCUAUUUCGGCUCUGAAGGUUCUUACAUCUCUUGGCGUUGCAGUUUCUGGUGUGGCUAUCAUUUGGGGCAUUUAUCGUGCAUGCAAGAAAUAGUUUACUUACAUUUACCAUUACUGGUCUUAUACAGCAGUGGCAAAAUCAGUAGUUUUUCCAAUUUCACUUUCAGAAAAUUAGUGACUUGCGAGAUUUCUUCUUCAGCUAUAGGACAAAUGAGAAACAUUCUCCUUUGAUAUAUCGUUGUAUAUUUGAAGUCUCUAAUUCAAUAAAAGCCAAAAGCCAAUGUUUGUUAGAAUUCA